CCCCGUCCCCCCACGCUCCGAAAGCAUGGACUCUCCCGUGGACCAGAGCACCGGGGCGAUCGGCGCCUCUUGCGGCCGGCCAGACGCCCCCGGCGACGCUCCGGUCCCCACAUCGAGGCCCGACCCACAUGCCGGAGCCGGCUCCCCCGCCCUGGCGGCAUACGAGCCCGAGGCCGGGCACACGGCCGUGACGCGGUGCGCCCGGCCGACCGAGCUCGAGGCCAUCGGGCUGGCCGUGCGGCCGGCCCGGCCGGGCGGCGCCCCUGUCGGCCACAACCCGGGCGUCCUCUUCUCCACGCUCGAGAUCGCGGCCCGCGCGGCCAUCGCCACGCAUGGCCACCUGCGCCUGGCCCAAAUCCUCCGCCUGGAGGCCGACGGCCUCGAGCUGGAGGUGGUUGAGCUUCGCACGGCCGCCGGCACCGCGGCCGCCGGCACCCCCGGGCCCGACACCGAUGUCAUCCUGGUCGCCUGCCCGGCGACACGGCCGGCCCUGAUGCACGCGCCGGUGGUGGUGGCCCUGGCGCCCGCGGGCGCAACCGACCACCCCGGCCCCGGCAUGUACCACCCGGUGGACGCCAUCUACACCCUGGACACCGAGCUGAAUGUGCUGAUCGCGCCGGCCGGCGGCCCGGCGGCCCGGGCGCUGGCCGCCUGCCAGCCCACCCCCCCGGGCCGGUCCUUCUACGCGGCGCACGAGGACCGCCUCUUCGAGAUCCGGGUGUGCCCGGGGCCCGGGGCCGGCCUGCGCGCCAGCCUCCAGCUGCUGGCCCCGCUGGCGGUCCUGCUGCAGGGGCGCCCGCUGGUGCUCACCCCGUGCGCGGCCCCGCCGGACUUGGCCGUCGCCUGGCUGGCCGCCGAUGUCGAGGCCGGCCAGCUCGACCAUGCCCAGAUGCUGUCCCAGCUGGCCGGCGUGCCGCUGCGCGUGGGCGACGUUGUCCGCUUCCCGGCGGCCGGGCACUCGAUCCGGGUCAUCCGUCUGAUGGACCGCCACUACAGGGAGGUCCCCGUCGGCCUGGCGCGACAGGACGCCUCCCCCACCGCCCUCUAUGUGGAAAGCCCGCGCGGGGGUGCCGGCGAGGCGCACCAGCUGGUGGCCCUGUGCCGGAGCCCCGACGCGUCGGAGCUGGUCCUGCUGACCCCGGUCCCGGGGGCCGUGACCGGCCCCGAAGGGACGCUGUUCGUCUCGCCCGCCGCCUUCCGGCGGGUGGCCAGCCCGGAGGACCUGGCCCAGGGCGCGGCCCUUUUCCAUGUCAACGGCGCGCUGUUCGAUGUCCGCCCGAGCCACCGCGUAGGACCCUUCGCCGUGGCCGUUCACCCGCUCGAUGGCCCGGGGCUCGGGGUGCCUGGCCCCUCGCCGGCGCGGCUGCGCCCGGCCCCGGGCCUGCCGCUCGCGGCCUCGGCCCAGGUGUCCUUCGCCCCGGCGGCCGGGCAGCCCCUGCGGCAGGGCCUGUGCCCGGACCGGCUCCGGCGCGACCUCCUGGCCGCACAUGGCGGGGCCACCCUGCGCCUGGACCGGGCGUUGCCGCUCGAAUCCCACGGCGCCCGGCUGCUUGCCCGGGUCCACCGGGUCACCUGGGCCGAGGCGCCCACGGUCGGCCGUCCGGUGGGCCGCCUGCCGAGCGACCCUCCCGCGGCCCUGGACGUGGUGGCCGGCCACAUGGUGCCGCCGAUGGCGGGCCCCCCCUGCCCGGCGUCGGCCGGCCCGCGCGCGCUGGCGCCCUCCCCCGCACCCAACUGGCUGCUGGUGGGCCAGCCUCUCCGGGGCGCCGGGCCGCUGUGUCUGCAGGCCAGCGCCAGCCCACUGGCCGGCUUCACACCCGGCCGGGCGGCCGUCACCCCCGACGACUAUCGACUGCUGCGUGACCAGCUGCCCGGCGGGUCGGAAGUUUUCCUCCAGUCCGGCGGCCACCUUCUCUUGGUUUACCCCGACCCGAGUCCCCGCUCGCCGGUGCCCGAUGGCCACGUCAUCCUCAGUGGCGAGGACCUCGAGCGGCUCUUCCCCGGGCCGGUCCUUCGCUGGGCCGUGGCCACUAGCACGCCGCCGGUGCUGGACCUGGUCGAGGUCCACCUCUUCCCGGGGCCGGAGCAGCAGCAGCAGCAGCGGCAGCAGCAGCCGGUCCACGACAUAUCGCACGCCCUGCUGGAGGAGGCCUUCUUCCGUCGCUUCCUCGGGUCGGUGCUCACCGUCGGCCAGGGCCUGUCCCGGGGGGCCGAGCAGGCGCCUGCCCUGGUAUACACCCGGCCGUGCAAGCUGCUCACCCUUGAGUACAAGGUGUCCACGAGCCCGCCGGGACCGCUGCCGGACCUGGACCCCCGGCAGCUGGAACACCUGCUCCUCCGGGCCCUCCCCCGGUCCUGGCUGACCCAAGCAUACACGACCCACUCCACCAUGCUGGGCCCCUCGUGCCAGCUGAACUUCACUCUCACCCGGCAGCUGGCGGCCGACAUCAGGCGCGAUGUCCGUGCCGGGUUUUGGGUGCCCGGCCUGACGCAGGCCUCCUUCCAGACGCUGGACAGCAUGUCGGCCCCCCUGCCGCGGGCAUACUCGCUGGUCCUCCGGUCCGGGCCGCUGAUGCUCUCGCUGCGGGUGGAGUUUGUCCCGGGCCCGACGCUCCUGUACCCGGGGCUGUCGCUGCCGCGCGGGGCCUUCCGCUCGCUGUGCGAGGCCCUCGGCCCGGCCGGCCACACGCGGGAUCACCUCUUCUUCGAGUGCGCCGGCCGGGGCUUCGUGGCCCGGCGCGCCGAUACCCACACCGCCCCCGGGGUGGUGCGCCUGACCGGGGACUUCCGCGACCACCUCUACCCCCGGGAGAGGCCCGUCCUGUCCAUGCCGCAUGCCCAUCAGGUGGACCUCCGCCUGAGCGCGGUGCACAUGCGGCUCAUGCCGGGCCUCGGCGCCGGGCCCCCGCCCGCAGGCCCGGGCCUCGGCCUGCUGGACCUGCCGGCGGCCCUGCAGGCGGCCUUCCCCGGCGGCAGCAUGGCCCUCCUGGAGCGCCGGCCCAUCCCCGGCGCCGAGGCCAUCCUCAUGCCGGAGCUGCUGCUCGACGCCGACGGCCGGGCCACCCCGUGCGGGCUCUUCGAGCCCGGCAAGACCGAGGUCCAUCUCCGCCGCAUGGGGGCGCCCCGGGCGCCGGCCCUGGCCGAUGGCGCGGGGCCGCCCCCGGGCCCGGGCCCCCACCAGCCAGCACCCUAA